GUAACCGAAACACCGCCCGGUUCCGGAAACGAAUUCAUACGUUGGGCGCCAUUGUUCAGCAAAAGUGUAAACAAUAAUUUGAAUCCACAGAAUCCGUCUACAUAUUAAGUGAUUAUUCUAUAAUUGAGAUACACUGUGUAUUCUCCAAAAUCAAAAUGUCUAUCGGCGUACCAAUUAAAGUGAUGCACGAGGCCGAAGGCCAUAUUGUUACUUGCGAAACAACGACUGGUGAAGUUUACAGAGGCAAACUAGUGGAAGCAGAGGACAAUAUGAACUGCCAGAUGGCAAAUAUCACUGUGACAUAUAGGGAUGGAAGAGUCGCACAGUUGGAAAAUGUUUAUAUUCGAGGAAGCAAAAUACGUUUUAUGAUACUGCCAGACAUGCUGAAAAAUGCACCGAUGUUCAAAAAAGUUGUUGGAAAGGGACAAUCUGCAGGUCGUGGAAAAUCAGCAAUUUUGAGAGCACAAGCUGCCAGAGGCCGUGGUCGAGGUGGUGGUGGUGGUGGUGGAAGGGGUGGGCGUGGUGGAUUCCAGAGACGUUAACCUUCAUUUUGAAGUCUUUUGGUAUUCACUAACUUGUUUUCACAUGAUCAGUGUUUUCAUCAUUGGGAGAUUUUGGUUCUAUAAGAAACACUGAUAGAAAAAUUGUUUUCUAUUAUGUUUAUCGCAGAAAAAAAUCAGUAUGUGUUAUGGUUUAAUAGAAUGAAAGGAAUGAGAAUGGCUAGUUAUGUGCAUAAUGUAUAGUUUCUGAAUGUCUAGCAGUGUUAUAAUAGACCUGGACAGUCUCACAAAUUGCAGCAUAAACACUUUCUUUUAAAUUGUCAUUGUACAUUGUCAUUUUUUUUUAUAGAUAUUGUCAAUGGUUUGUAUUGUUAAUUUAACAUAUGGACCAAGAAUAAAUGUCUUGACAUGUA